GCAUUUAAGAGGCGGGAACCUUCGUAUGUAUCUUUAGACGUUCUUUGAGUCAGUGGAAGACUCUUGUUAACUUUGCCGGGUAUGACUGAGAAAAUGCACUUACGGAGGCGAGGUGGACCGUACAAGACGGAGCCGGCUACAGACCUGAGCCGCUGGAGGCUUUCCAAUGUCGAGGGCAGGCAGACCUGGUCAUACAUAGAGGAUGGGGGCGCCCCAAAACGAGAACAGACCAUGCUGGAGGCCCAUUCUUUAGGCUUAGACACAACUAAAUUUGUGCGUGAUUCACCGGCCUCCCACACGGCCACGGAUGCCGCCGUGAAAGGGAUGAAUUUCUACAGUCACCUCCAAGCUGAGGACGGCCACUGGGCAGGGGACUACGGAGGACCUCUCUUCCUGCUACCCGGCCUACUGAUUACUUGCCACAUCGCUAAGAUCCAUCUGGAGCAGGCCUGGAAGAAAGAGAUGGUGCGAUACCUGCGCUCUGUUCAGCUGCCCGAUGGAGGCUGGGGCUUACACGUGGAAGACAAGUCGACGGUGUUCGGCACGGCUCUGAGUUACACCUCGCUAAGGAUUCUGGGUGUCGAUCCGGAUGAUCCCGACAUGGUUCGAGCGAGGAAUAACCUGCAUGACAAAGGCGGCGCGGUGGGCAUCCCGUCCUGGGGAAAAUUCUGGUUGGCUAUUUUAAACGUCUACAACUGGGAAGGAAUGAACACGCUUCUACCAGAGAUGUGGUUGUUCCCCAGCUGUCUGCCGGCCCACCCGUCGACGCUGUGGUGCCACUGUCGCCAGGUGUACCUCCCCAUGAGCUUCUGUUACGCCGUGCGCCUCGUCGCCGAGGAGGACGCCCUGGUCCUGGGCCUCAGACAGGAGCUUUACGUCCAAGACUACGCCACCAUCGACUGGCCAGCUCAGAGGAGCAAUGUGGCCGCGUGUGACAUGUACACUCCCCACAGCACGCUGCUUUCUGUAUUCUAUACCGUGCUCAACGUGUACGAGGCCCACCACAGUGCCACGCUGAGAGCAAUGGCCGUCAAAGAACUGUACGAGCACAUCCAGGCUGACGACCGCUUCACCAAAUGCAUCAGCAUCGGGCCGAUCUCCAAGACGAUCAACAUGCUAGUCCGCUGGUACAUGGACGGACCCUUGUCGGAAGCCUUCCAGGAGCACGUGUCCAGGAUCCCCGACUAUCUCUGGCUGGGACUCGAUGGUAUGAAAAUGCAGGGCACCAAUGGGUCUCAGCUUUGGGAUACUUGCUUUGCCGUUCAGGCUUUCCUUGAGGCCGGAGCCCAAGACAACCCCGCGCUAGCCGAGUGUCUUGGACGCGCCCACCAGUUUCUGACAGUCACACAGAUCCCAGAUAAUCCUCCCGAUUACCAAAAGUACUACCGGCAAAUGAACAAGGGGGGCUUCCCCUUCAGCACCCGCGACUGCGGCUGGAUCGUCGCCGACUGCACCGCCGAGGGCCUGAAGUCGCUGAUGCUGCUGCGUGAGCUGUGCCCCUCCGUCGGCGAGCCCGUCGCGCCGCAGCGCUUGUAUGACGCCGUCAACGUGUUGCUGAGCAUGAGAAACUCAGACGGCGGGUUUGCCACGUAUGAAACAAAGAGAGGGGGGAGACUUCUUGAGCUGCUCAACCCAUCGGAGGUGUUUGGUGACAUCAUGAUCGAUUACACGUAUGUGGAGUGUACGUCAGCAGUGAUGCAGGCGCUCGCCCAUUUCCACAAGAGCCAUCCCGAACACCGCGCAGAGGAAAUUAGGAACGCUCUAAGAGACGGGCUCGAUUACUGCCGGAGGGUGCAGAGGCCCGACGGAUCCUGGGAAGGGUCCUGGGGAGUGUGUUUCACCUAUGGGACGUGGUUUGGCCUAGAAGCCUUCGCUUGUAUGGGACACGACUAUCAGAGCAACGCAUGUGCGGAGGUGCGCAACGCCUGCCGCUUCCUGUUGGAUCGGCAGAUGCCCGACGGCGGCUGGGGGGAGGACUUUGAGUCGUGCGAGCAACGGCGCUACGUUCAGAGCAGCUCGCCGCAGAUUCACAACACCUGCUGGGCUCUGUUAGGGCUCAUGGCGGUCAGGCACCCUGACCAGCAGGCCAUCGAGAGAGGGGUCAAGCUGCUGAUAGACAAACAGCUGCCCAAUGGUGACUGGCCUCAGGAGAAUAUUUCCGGCGUGUUCAACAAGAGCUGCGCCAUUAGCUACACUUCCUAUAGGAACGUCUUCCCCAUUUGGACCCUGGGCCGCUUUGCUUCACUGCACCCCCGCAGUUCUCUAACCGGAAAGCUCAAGCUGUGAACACCCGGAGCAUCGAAACAAACAAAAAAAAAAAAAAUACGAGUUGGUCCAUUUCAACCAUGAAUUCCAAGAUGGCGUGAAAGUGUCCCUACGGGAUAGUCCCCAGUAGCUUCAUAUUCAUCCGUGCUGAUUAAAGGGGCCCCAGCAUGGAACAUUAACUUUUUAAUUGCUUGUUUACAAGUGGUAACGUGUGAAAUUACACAAUUGAAUCAAUCUUUCGCAAGACGCUCGUCUGUGAGUGAGCUGCUUGGAGUUUUGACGGAUCGGGAUAUCACAGUUUUGUUCAUGUCCGCCAUAUCCUCGCCACACUACUGUCUGCGCCACAGGCACGGAUGCACGACGCUAAUUGGCAGGUGGAAGGAAGUGCUGCACAAGGCUCGGAAUCACUUUUUGUUUUUCUUCCCGGAGAGCCUUUGCUAAUUGCGAAUCAAUUUGAGAGGCAUCUUUGUCAUUUUGAGGAGUGUUUUUUUUUUUUCCCCUGGACCAUGUCGAGGUGUGGUUUCCAAUCGUGUAAUGCAUUCUUCGGUCAUGAGCCUUUAUUCUUCAGGACAAUUGUUUGUUUUACGAUUGUCAUUGACACACCUGAAGUUUCCCAUGGAACCAACGCGAGGAGUGCCUCGCAAUGUGCUGGCGACAGCAAGCAGAUCUUUCACGAGGAUAGCGAGCCAGCGCUCAAGAGGCUGGUUUAUCCUGUUCUGACUUUUUCCAAGAAAUGACACUUUCACUCUCCUGUUAGAGUCAUUUGCGUUCAUAUUCAUGGGUCAUUUUGACCCGAGGCCCGUUGACCCAGAACCGUCGGAAUGGAAAACAAUCCCAAUAAACGUUGUUUAUAUCUCA